GAUAGAUUAGGUGGGCAGCAAAUGAAGCAGGAGUGUAAUCAUCUAAAAACCAAACCUUUAGAUCAAACCAACCAAGAAAUAAUGAUGGAUAUUAAACAUUCCAAUAAUGAAAUGCGGGAACUUAAAGAAUCAUUGGAAAGUUUGAAGAUGUCACAUACUAAGAUAAUAAAAUCUCAUGAAUUACUUGAAGAACACCAUGCAGAGGUAAAGCAAUCCCAUGUAAUGUUACAGGAAGACUAUACAAAAGUUAAGAAAUCCCAUCAGAUAUUACAAGAAGACCAUUCAAAGGUUAAAAAAUCCCAUGAGAUAUUACAGGAAGACUAUACAAAAGUAAAGAAAUCCCAUGAGAAAUUGCAGGAUGACCAUAGGAAAGUAACAGACGAAAUGGAAAAAGUGAAAACUUCUCAAAAGGAUAGUGUGCCUUGGAAUAUAAGAGAAAGAAUAAAUGAUACACUUAAAGAUUGGAAGGACAAUGAUGAUACCAUGUUUAUAAGUACAAGCGCUGCCCAAUAUGUACUCAAAUGUAUUAAGGAAAACAGUUGUGUAACUAUUACUACAAGUUCUGGUGUAGGGAAGACAGCAACACUGAGACAUGUGGCUUUACAAAUGGCAAAAGAAGAGUUUGAUGUCCUUCCGGUGACAGACCCAGCUGACAUUAUGAGGUUUUGCAAUCCUAAAAAGAAAACAUUGUUUGUUGUUGAUGAUUUAUGUGGAAACUUUUCACUUUGACCAGAGUGAUAUAAAAAGUUGGGAACCAAUCAUAGAGGAUAUAAAAAAAAUUCCUGAUAAAAAUCAAACAAAAAUUCUUGCAGCCUGUCGGUUUCAGGUGUACCAAGAUGGAAAGUUUGAUUCAUUAUCAGUUUUCAAGUCCUGUGUGUGUAACAUGUUAUCUGAGAACAUUUGCUUGACAAAAAAUGAAAAACAAUUAAUAGCUAAUGUGUAUCUCAAUGCAAAAGCAUCUGAGAUAAGUGACUUUUAUGAUAUUUAUGACUGUUUUCCUCUUUUAUGUAAAUUGUACCAUGAUAACCCUGAAAUUAUUAUUACAGAAUUUUUUCAGAAUCCCUAUUCAACUUAUAAAGCAGAGAUAGAUAAGUUUCUUAAGAAAGGGCUUUACGCUGAAUACUGUGCUUUGGCUUUAUGUGUCAUGUUUAACAACCAGUUAAAGGAAGAAAUGUUGACAAAAGAUGUGAAUGAAGAAACCAGGAUUAUCAUUGAGAACACAUGUGAGGCAUGUAGAUUAGACAGGGGAACAUCAAGACUUGUAUUACAGGAUGAACUUGACUCACUCACAGAUACAUUCAUAAAGAAAGAAAAACAUAUGUACAAAAUUUUACAUGAUAAAAUAUUUGACUUUCUUGCUAACAUCUUUGGACAAAAGAUAAUAUAUUGCUUGAUCAGGAAUGCAGACAGUAGUUUGAUAAAGGAACGUUUUGUAUUAGAAAGAAAGGACGACAUGGAUCAGUUUAUUACUAUUAUACCUCUAGCUUAUCAUGAUAUGUACAUGCAGAGAAUGAUUGAUGACUGGUCAAAGGGAAAAUUACAAGAUGUAUUUAGUAACAUCAAUAUGAAAAUACCUAUGUUUAGAGAGAAAUUGCUCUUCUUUUUGAAAACACUAGACAAAUCUGACCAGAGACACCUGGCACAUAUCUGCGAUCAUAGUAAUAUAUUUGAGAAACGAUUUGGAAUUUUUGGUCAUGAUAAUGACCAUACCUAUGAUAAUUCUUUAUCACUUUGUUGCUAUUUAGGAUAUAUUUCUUUGGUCAAAUGGUGUUGUGAUCAUGGUGUAAAUAUAAACAGGUGUACAUACAAUGGUCAGUCUCCAAUAAUGACUGCUUGUAAAUAUGGUCAUAUAGAAAUAGUAAAGAUGUUGCUAGACAGAGGAGUUGACUGUAAUAAAUGUGACAGGUUUGGUCAGUCACCUGUAAUGACUGCUUGUAAAUAUGGUCAUAUAGAAAUAGUAAAGAUGUUGCUAGACAGAGGAGUUGACUGUAAUAAAUGUGACAGGUUUGGUCAGUCACUUGUAAUGACUGCUUGUAAAUAUGGUCAUAUAGAAAUAGUAAAGAUGUUGCUAGACAGAAGAGUUGACUGUAAUAAAUGUGACAGGUUUGGUCAGUCACCUGUAAUGAAAGGCUGUAAACAUAGUCAUACAGAAAUAGUAAAAAUGUUGUUAGACAGAGGAGCAGGCUAUAAUCAAAGAGGUAUGAGUCACCUGUAAUGAAGGCUUGUAAACAUGGUAAAACAGAAAUAGUAACGAUUUUGUUAGACAGAGGAGCUGAAUGUAAUAAAUGUGAUGUAAACAGGGUUUCACCUGUAAUAAUCGCUUGUAAAUAUGGUCAUACAGAAAUAGUAGAGAUGUUGUGAGACAGAGGGAUAGAUUGUCAUAAAUGUGACUGGAAGAGUCGGUCACCGGUAAUGAUGGCUUGUCAACAUGGGCAUACAGAAAUAGUAAAAAUAUUGUUAGACAGAGGGGCAAACUAUAAUGAAUGUAACAGUUGGAAUCAGUCAACUGUAAUGAAGGCUUGUGAACAUGGUCAUACAGAAAUAGUAAAGAUGUUGUUAGACAGAGGAGCUGAUUGUAACACAUUUGAUUUAUACAGUGAGUCCCCUGUAAUAAUCGCUUGUAAACACGGUUAUACAGAAAUAUUAAAGAUGUUGUUAGACGGAGGAGCAGACUGUUAUAAAUCUGAUGAAUAUGACAGAUCACCUGUAAUGAUUGCUUGUGAACAUGGUCAUACAGAAAUAGUGAAGAUGUUGUUGGACAGACGAGCAGACUGUAAUAAAUGUGACAAGAGAAGUCAGUCAAAUGUAAUGAAGGUUUGUGCAUUUGGUAAUACAGAAAUAGUGAAGAUGUUGUUAGACAGAGGAGCAGACUUUAAUAAAUGUGAUGAGUAUGGUCAGUUACCUCUAAUGAAGGCUUGUGUAAAUGGCCAUACAGAAAUAGUGAAAAUGUUGUUGGACAGAGGAGCAGACUUUAAUAAAUGGUGUAUGGCCAUACAGAAAUAGUGAAGAUGUUGUUGGGCAGAGGAGCAGACUUUAAUAAAUGUGAUGAGUAUGGUCAGUUACUUCUAAAGAAGGCUCGUGUAAAUGGCCAUACAAAAUAGUGAAGAUGUUGUUGGACAGAGGAGCAGAAUUAUAUAAAUGUGACAUUUGGGGUCAGUCACCUUUAAGGGAGGCUUUUGAAUAUGGUCAUAAAUAGUAAAGAUUUUGUUAGACAGAGAAGCAGACUUUAAUAAAUGUGAUGAUUAGGGUCAUUUACCCCUACAGACGUCUCGAGCAAAUGGCAAUACAAAAUAGGAAAGAUGUAAUAAGUCGGAGAAGAAGACUCUGAUAAGUGUAAUAAAGGAAGUGAUGCACCUGUAACGAAGGUUUGCGAACAUGGUUAUAUCGAAAUAGUGAAAAUGCUGUUAGACAGAGGAGUAGGCUGUAAUAAAUGUGACUCAAAUGGUAAAUCACCUGUAAUGGAGGCUUGUAAACAUGGUCAAACAGAAAUUGUAAAGAUGUUGUUAGACAGAUGAACAGACUAUAAUAAAUGUGAUGAUAAGGGUCACUUACCUCUUAAGACGGCUUACGCAAAUGGCAGUACAAAAAUGGUAAAGAUAUUAUUAGUCAGAGGAUGACAGAGAAGCAGACUGUGAUUGGAUUGGUCAGUCAGCUUUAUAGAUUGCCUUUGUAAAUGGUGACAAUGAUAUCGUUGCGAUAAUUAAUCCACAUUUCAGUCAAAAAAUGGUUUAAAUUGAAGUUUAAACAAUUUUAAAAUGUUUUAAAGCCUAAUUUUGAUAUUUAUUUAUUAUUAAUAUAAUUCACAAAUAUGAAACAAAUAUUUCUAUAGAGAGUCAUUACUUGUUUUAAACGAUAUAUUUCUUUGAUAAAGUGAUUUGUGACUAAGAAGACGGACUUUGACUAAAUAUGUCUGGUUACAUGCUGACUAAACAUGGCACUGCUGUUUACAUGAUGACAAAACAUGAUGAGUAAAUAUUGCACUAUUUUUAUGAUACUGACUAAACAUACUGCUGCUGUUACAUGCUGAUUAAGCAUACCACUACUGUUUACAUGCUGACUAAACAUACCACUACUUUUUACAUGCUGAUAAGAUAUAACACUAUUGUUUACAUGCCGAUUAAAUCUACCAUUACUGUCUACAUGCUGACUAUAUAUACCAUUUCUGUUUACAUGCUGACUAAAUAUACCACUCUGCCUACAUGCUGACUAAACAUAUCAUUACUGUGUACAUGCUGACUAAAUAUACCGCUACUCUUUAAAUGCUGACUUAAUAAUCCACUGCUGUUUACUGCUAACUCAAUAUAUCACUACUGUGUACAUGAUGAUUAGAUAUACCGUUACUGUUAACGUGCUGACUAAAUAUACCACUUCUUUGUACAUGCUGACUAAAUAUAUCAUUCUGCUUACAUGCGGACUUAAUAUUCCACUAAUGUGUACAUGUAACUAAAAAUACCCUUACUGUUGACAUACUGACUAAACAUACCAUGCUGCCUACAUUCUGACUAAACAUACCAUUACUGUGUACAUGCUGACUAAAUCUAACACUACUGUUGACUUGCUGCCUAAAUAUACAUCUUCUGUUUACAUGUUGACUUAACAGAUCACUACUGUUUACAUGCUGACUAACGAUACCACUACUGUUUACAUGCUAACUAAAUAUUCCACUAUUGUUUACAUGUUGACUAAAUAUGCAACUACUGUUUACAUGCUGACUAAAUAUAAUACUACUGUUUACAUGCUGACUAAAUAUACCACUACAGUUUACAUGCUGACUAAAUAUGCCACUACUGCUUACAUGCUGACUAAAUAUGUUACUACUGUUUACAUGCUGACUAAAUAUACCCUAACUGUUUGCAUGCUGACUAAAUACACCACUACUGUUUACAUGCUGACUGAAUAUACUUCUACUGUUUACAUGCUGACCAAAUGUGCCAUUCCUGCUUACAUGCUGACUAAACAUACCA